CGAGUCGAACCUGUUGAUCCUUUUGGGGACUCGCGAGCUCGAACUCACCGCAGACAAGCUCAUCAGCUUCGACGCCUUAAACUCGACGAAUCCCUCGGCUCUCGCUCGAUUCCUCCUCAGCGCCCGCUGCGAUUUCAUCCAUUCUCACCGGCGGCCGCGCUAUGGCGCAAAAGAAAGGGCAGCGCGGCGCCAACUCCGUCGCUGCCGAUGACUCGGAGGUUGUCUCCCGCGUUCCCCUCCAGGCCGUCCUCCUCGCUGACAGCUUCAACCUCAGGUUCCGCCCCAUCACCCUCGAACGGCCCAAGGUGCUGUUGCCUCUGGUGAACGUUCCCAUGAUCGAAUACACUCUUGCUUGGCUCGAUUCCGUCGGGGUCGAGGAGGUUUUUGUCUUCUGCUGCUCCCACUCACAACAGGUGAAGGACUACUUGAAAGAGUCUGAAUGGACUAAGCCUACAUCCAGGUUUUCUGUCACUACGAUUGAGUCGCAUGACGCCAUUAGUGCUGGAGAUGCGCUCCGUGUGAUAUAUGAAAAAUCUGUGAUACAUGGGGACUUUGUUCUCAUUAGUGGCGAUACAAUUAGCAAUAUGAACUUAGCUCAGGCCCUCCGCGAACACAAGGAAAGAAAGAAAAAAGAUCCGCUUGCUGUUAUGACAAUGAUCAUUAAACACUCCAAACCAUCAAACUUGACACAUCAAACUCGGUUCGGCACCGACAAAGUUCUAAUGGCUAUUGAUCCUCAAACAAAAGAGCUUAUUUUUUAUGAGGACAAGGUUAAUCCUUCUCAGCGGUUUAUUUCUAUUGAUAAAACGUUGUUAGCUGACAAUACUUCAGUUUAUUUGCACAAUGACAAGCAGGAUUGCUAUAUAGAUAUCUGCUCUCCAGAAGUCCUCAGUCUUUUUAUGGACAAUUUUGAUUAUCAACAUCUUCGCCGCCAUUUUGUCAAGGGUUUGCUUGUUGAUGAUAUCAUGGGUUACAAGAUUUUUACCCAUGAAAUUCAUUCAAGUUAUGCAGCAAGAAUAGAUAAUUUCAGGAGUUAUGGUACAAUUAGCAAGGACAUACUGCAAAGGUGGACAUAUCCUUUGGUGCCAAAUUUUCAAUACUUUGGGAAUUCAUCAAAGGUGAAGCUAGAUAGAGAGGGAAUAUACAAAGCAUCUGAUAUUGUUCAAUCACAAUCUGCACGAAUAGGCGCUGUUACCCUGAUUGGAAGUGGAACUACAAUUGGAAACCAUAGUGUUAUAACCAACUCGGUAGUUGGUCACGGUUGUACACUUGGGAACAAUGUAUGCAUCAAUGGUUGUUACAUUUGGGAUAAUGUCAUUAUAGAAGAUGAUUGUAGAUUGAAUCAUGCUAUAGUUUGUGAUGGUGUUCAUCUAAGAGCAGGGGUAGUCUUGGAACCUGGAGUCAUUUUAUCAUUCAAGGUUGAAGUUGGGCGAUUGAUUACAAUUCCUGCUUAUUCGAAAGUUUCUUUACGUCCUCAGCCUUCUAUCCAAGAUAGUGACGAGGAACUUGAAUACGCUGAUGCAAGCAGUGCAGUUAUAGAAAGUCCUUCAAUUACUAGUAUGGUCAGUAGUAGGAAUGCAGAAUCAACCCCAAAUUUUUCAGUCAUGGAAAACUCUAACUCAUCUGAGGUUGGUAUUGCUGGUGUUGGUUACAUAUGGUCUACAUAUGAAGGGGAGCACGAGGAAGAAUGGAGACACUCUAUUGCUCCAAUUCCCGAAGCAAAAUUGACAGAGUUAUCUCAUGCUUAUCAUGAGGAACCUGAUGUGUCUUAUCAAUUUGUGAGUAAUACUCCAGUUUCUGGUGAGCUACAACUUGAUUCAGAAAGUACUGGUUUUGAUGAUGGUGAUGGGGGAGAUUAUGUAGAUUCAACCGAUUUUGAUAAGGAGGUGGAAGCAACUUUCCAUCGGGCUCUUACAGGAGUGAACCAAGAAACGGUGAUUUUAGAAAUAAAUUCACUGAGGUUGUCAUGCAAUAAGUCACAUGCUGAUUGUGUUGGGGCGUUAUUCUUUUCUGUGAUGAAGUUGGGUUUAGAAGCUCCUCAUUCCUCUAACAGUGAGCUAUACCAAAGCAUUGCCAAGGAGAUCAACAAGUGGAAGGAUCUUUUGAAGCAUUAUCUAAAGAGUGUAGAUGAAGAGAUUGAAGUAAUUCUGAAGUUUGAAGAGAUUUGCUCGGAGACUGCUACAGAGUUAUCACCUUUGUUUUGUACAAUCUUGAGCUACCUCUAUGAGAAGGACAUUCUAUCAGAGGAUGCAAUUUUGUCAUGGGAAUCGGAGAAAGGAGCAGCAGAUGAAUCUGACAAGAUAUUUGUUAAACAAUCUGAAUCAUUUAUCACGUGGCUAAAGGAAGCUUCGGAGGAAGAAGAUGAGGAUGACGAAUGAGUUAUCGACAUCCUUGUACGGAAGAAUCUUUAGAAUGUGCUUUGGUCAUAUUCCGAUCCUGAUUGUCAUCGACGAAGGCAUAGUAUUUUACUAGAAAUCCUUGCAGCCCUCAGUUUUGAAAUCGAGGGAGUAGGAAAGUGAGUGUACAUCCGAAUUUGAUUUUCGGUGUUUUAUUUUUGGAUACUCGUGUCAUUUGGGGAAGAAAAUAAGAGAGUUGAGGAUCAUUAUGUUAUUUUUAUUUUAUUUUUUGCUUGUACAUAUUAUUUUUGGCAGCAAAUGGUAGUGUUUUUUAACAGAUUAUUUGAUGGCUAAGGGUUGAGAAGUUAUUAUGAUUUA